AAUAAAUCGAAAUUUUAUGGAUUUGUUGUGGAUGUAAAAUAAAUAUUUUGAUAAUUUGCAACUCAUCUCCUGUAACAUAGCCCCGACUUCCAAAACUUGUGACUACCAUGGAAGCAAACCUGGAACACGAGGAUUUGUUGAUAAAACUGCGAUCUAAACUAAAUGAUGGCAAAAUCAAACUUUGGGAGUCGCCGUAUACUUCGGUUGAAGGAGAAAUUUCACAAAGCUUUCAGGAGUUAUCAAGCAAACUAGCAUCUGAACUAUCAUUGGACGAGAGUAUCGUCCGAGGAGGGCUCUUAGAGUUACAACAACACUCAGUAGAGAGGUCUAAAGCUAAUGAGGAGUACAAGGAAACCGGUUGUGCUACCCUGAGGAUAAAAGCAACUGGGAAGGGCGAUAAAGGCAUCAUUAAAGUGAUGAAGAAGCUCAAUGUGAUGGGUUCAGAGCUGGUUGAAACUGUCGCUGCAAUUCUGGGCAUUGAACCUGCCAGACUAAAAUUAAUAUUCAACGGCAAGCUGAUCAAGCCAGACCUACGUUUAGAAGAGCAGGGAGUCAAGAAUGGGAUACAAUUGAUGGCAUUGAUGAUGACAGAAACCCCCGAAGAAGCAAAGAAAGAAGAUGAUAUGUACAUGCAGGUGAAGGGUACUUUAGAAGAUGCCACUCUCCUAUCUGAGUGUAUGGAUGACCUUAUCGAAGAGGAUGAAUAUAUGAAUUUAGAAGAUCAAACCGGAAAAUCAAUAGAUCUACCAAAGUCAGAAAGGAGAUCCCUCUUUGUGGGGCUGGCCCUGCACGAGAGAGGGCGCACUUGUAUCAAGAAACGGGACUACUCUCUGGCACUAGUGUUGCUGUUGGAAGCUGAUAGACAGUUAUGCGAGUGCAGAGCGCAGAUUCUUAACACCGUAGACAAUUAUGCAGUUCUCCAGCUGGACAUAGCCUGGUGCUACCUCUGCCUACAGAGCUUGCAAGCAGCCAACGAUGCUGCAGAACGGUUGGCCAAAGCUGAGGUGUCCUUCAAGGUCACAUACGGAGAGGACCAUCGCAGACUUAUAGAGCUCAAGGGAACUGAUGCGAACGAGCGUGUCCUGUUCAUGCGGCUUUACCUACUACAAGGCAUUGUGGCGUAUCACCAGAACAAGAGGGCUCGGGCUGCUGAACUGCUCCUCAAAGCAGAGAAGGAAUUGUGCGACUUGCGAGUGGACGAUGCGUCGGUGCAGACGCUGAUGGAGCUGGGGUGGUCGCGCGGCCAAGCGUGCAGCGCGCUGCGGGCCUGCGCCGGCGACCUGCCGCGUGCGCAGGCGCACCUCGACGAGGCGCGCGCGCAGCGGGACCGCGCGCGGAUCGCGCACCGCGAGGAGAGGGAGCAGCGGCGGCUGGGCGCGUGCGCGGACGGGCGGCCGGUGAGCAAGCGGCUGGUGGACAGCCUGCAGGCGAUGGGCUUCCCGCGCGCGCGCGCGCUGCUGGCGCUGCGCCGCGCCAACAACUGCGUGGCCGACGCCGUGCGCAUCAUACACGAGCAGCCCGACCUCUUGGAUGAUAGUGACUUGUCUGAUGAUGCUACGCCUUCCGCUGAGUCGCUGCAGAUUGACCAGUCGUUGGUGGAUGAGCUCCAGUCGAUGGGCUACACGCUGGAGCAGGCGCUGGGCGCGCUGCGGGCGACCGGCAACGACGCGCGCGCCGCGCUCGACCUGCUGCUGCCCGCCACCCCCGCAGCUGCAGCUGCAGCCGCCGCAGCCGCAGCCGCAGCCGGCGCUUGUGAUGCGGACGUUGAAGCCUCAAACCCUUCCACCAGCGCCGGGAUAAACCGCAAGAGGCAGAAGAAAGAAGAGAGGUUAAGGAAAAAGAAAGCCCGCGACAUGGCGGUGCGUCGCCUCCGCCAGAACAUCCACCAGGAGGAGGACGACUACCUCACUAGCACGCUCUCGGAGGAGGAGCACUAUCUGGUGCAGUAUAAGUCUCUGCUGUAAACCGAUUUUGGUACGUUUUGCUAUAUGAAAAUAUUGGGGGGAAGGAGGAGGGAGGUAUAUAUCGAUAAAGACCUCCUUUGAAAGGGAAAGAUCUUAGCGAAUUGGGGGAGGUUAAUUGAAAACGUAAAUUAUGAAUUUAUUUAGUCAGCAUAAUUGUACGGUAUACAAAAAAAAAAUAAUGUCAUAAAUUUUAUGCAAAAAUUACAAACACGUAGGUUACUUCUUACACUCAUAGUUAUUUUGCCAACGGUACUAAAUAUGUCUACCCUCCAUGUUACCGAGUUUAAUAUUUACAUUUGCCACAUUGGAUACUACUUAUGUGAACGGGUUAAAGUCGAAAAUUGUCUGUGCAAUGUGCAAUAGAAUAAAUGAUUCUUUUAUCAUAACAUAGUAAUUUUAAGACUACAUAUUCAAUUAACUUAUUUACAAUCUUGAUGUCCUAGGUGUAAGAUCUUUUGUAGGUUUAAGCAUGGUCACUUAUAUGCCCUAAAAUCGACCAGUGAUGUGGAUCAAUGUCCCUUGCCCCGCUAGGGGGCUUUAAAUGUGUUGUUGUUUACAAAAUGUGUAGUUUUUAAAUUAAAUGAAUACCGUAAAAAGUAUUAAGAUAAAUGCACGAUUUCACAAUAAGAGUUAAAUUUUUAGGUUUUUUCAUAUCUCUCGAAGCUUUCAACUCUUCACUGUCGUCUACUGAACUAAACUUGAAUGAAAGCCGCAAAAUAAAAUUUUGGUAUCUUUCUUGCUACUAAUAUAAAUAAAUUUCAAUUCAAAUGUGACGGUCCACGAAAUAAUCCAAGUUUAAUUUACACAGUAAUCCAUAACGCUACUUUAAGUUAAAAUUUAAUAUAAAUUUAUACGGACAAUACAUAAUUUCGUAGUGUUAUUUGCAUCUAAGUGCUGCACGUAGCACUUGCUGCGUUUUAUUUUAGUGUAAGAUGGUUUAACCAUGUAACAGAUCUUGGUCUAACUAACGUAAUUAGUUUUAUCACAAUCGAAAACGAUAUACAAACGUUUGCGGGACAAACAUAUAUAUUGUUUUGUGUGUAGGAUAGUAUAAAUCGCUGUAGCUCAAUGUUCGAAGUGUUGACUACAUUUGUAGUGGGUUUGAGACUGAAAAUAUGGACUUCGAAAAUUGCAAAGAAUUUAAUUAUAUACUAGCUGCACACCUCGGCACCGCCCGGGUAGUAAUUUAUCAUAUUUGAAAUAAUAUAAACUGUCUUUUAAGUUGGAUCAAACUGCACAUGGUGUGCAUAUAUGCAUUAAAUCGGUUGGGUAGUUUAGUCCAUCACGGACGAGCAACGUGACAUGUAACUUAUAUAUAUAUUAAGAUAAGAUGUGUUUCUAUACCAUUCAUAUCUCGUUAGAUGUUAAUAUAUAUUGUUUACAAUAAUAAAUUGGAGCCUCGGUUCAGUGCUUAAUGUAUUAGGUGAACAGACGAGUGGUUCUGGUUUUAAUCCUUGGUGAGAACUUGGUACGACCAAUUUUCUCAAUGAAAGAAGUAAGAAGUAAAUUGCAUCAUUUCGUUUUUCCACAAAGGACACGGGGUUUCAAUGUUUUUAUUGGGAAAUUUCAGUUCCGAGAAUUCGGAAUGAAGAAUAUUUUAUUUUUAUUUAAAUAAUAUAUACAUACUUACACAAACUGUGUAAUUAGAUUAAUAGAUUUACGAAUAUAAAGAUAAUAUAAUAUUUAUAGAAAUAUGUGUGUACACUUUAUGGGGAUAUAUCCUGCAGUUGGGGCAAUUGUAAAUUAUGGUUAAGGUCUUUUUAACGUGAACAGUCAGCUAAAUACUACUGUCUUCUUAAAUUGUUCUAAUUCUGUUAAAAAACCUAGAUCUUACGAUAAGUAAAGGAUGGAAUAUAUUUCACAACAACAAACAUCUUCAAUCCAUCCAAAUUUCUUCGAAUUUAUGUAAUAAAUUCGUAUAUAUGUAGAAUAUAUGAGUAUGGUGAAAUCGGGUAUAAGCAAUUUUUAAUCCUACUUCAGAUUAUGAUACAAGCAAAACUUGUUAUUACCCAAAAUCUAUGAGCAUUGUAGCUAUUAGCUAUGAAAUAAUCACCACCUAGCCUCAAAGCGCAUUAUAUGUAAUAGUUUUGCGCCCGCGGUUUCGUCUACAUAGCCAAAGGAAAUUACCAUUAGGAUGCAUGAGAAAAAGCAUAUGCCACUCUCUAGCCUCCAAUCUAUCUCCAAACAUAAAAAUCAUAUCAUAAAAUCUCUCAAUUUCAACGUGAGGGAAAGACAAACAGAGUUUAGCAUUUAUAAUAGUAGUAUAAGAUUCAUAAAUUCAGUCCAUAUACGGUAUAAACUAAUUUAUGAAGUAUAAGGUAGUAAGGUGUCUAUUUAAAAUACUUUUAGUAUAUAAUACUUUCUGUUCUUCCUCUUAUACAGGUUUAGAAAUGACUAGACUGUGUUUAAUUUUAAUAAAAAAUAUAUUUAUCAGUAUAUAAUAUACUUUCAAGUCAUUAUACUUAAUGUUAGUACUAAGAUUUUAUAUUUUGUAUUAUAUAAACCGCGCCAAUAAAGAUGGCAAUUCGUUUCGAUGCAACUUUUAAACUCUUCCUUUAUUGGCGCGAGUAUCUAAAAUUAAUGUCAGUGUUUUCGAAUUAUGUACCUUUGAUGGUUAUAUUGUAUUUCUACAAUACUAAAUUAAGAAAUUAUAUAUAGGAGUAAAAUAUGGGCUUGCACUAAAUAUUAUUCGGUAUACCUUUUUGUCAUGUCAUCUUGUAUUUACUUCCUUGGAAUAUUGCUGUUGAUAGAACUAAAAUAUUUUCUUUUUCAUGUAAACAAUAAAAAAAAAAAACAUACAAAACAGCAAUUUAUCAAAUUUGACACACCUAUUGCAUAAUUUUUGUUAUAAAAGUUUUGCAGUGUACAUUAUGCGAGCCCGCUGUCAAACAUAUUAGAUAUACUUAAAUUAUGAUAAACGUGAUAAAUGUCUAUCUACUCUUACAAUUAUAACACUAUUAUUAUUGUAUGUGUGUAAAAUUGGUAAAAAGUAAAAAAAAAAAACAAACAUGUUAAACAUAAUUCGCAUAUACCUUGUAGAUACAAUCUGGUUUAUAAGGCAACCCUCGAAUAUCUGUAUUAAUGUCUGAAAUAAAGAGUAAACACUGAA